AUGCAGGUUAUUGUGCAACUACUCCGUAGCGUAAACUCGUGGCGAAAAUCGAAUCGCCCAAACGUGAGCCCUCCCGUCGCCCUCGCUUUCCUUUCCCUCACUUCCGCUCUCUGUCGCCCGCGUCGUCGCUAUCGCUUCCGCAGCUCGUCGCGUUCGCGACCCCGGCCCGUCGCCUUCGCUCCGCCCGUCGCCUUCACUCCCCCCCUCCCCCCCCUCUUCCGUUGCCUUCAUCUCCCCCUCCCGUCGCCUUCACUUCCCCCUCUCGUCGCCUUCAUUUCCCCCUCCCGUCGCCUCAUUUCCCCCUCCCGUCGCCUUCAUUUCCCCCUCCCGUCGCCUUCAUUUCCCCCUCCCGUCGCCCUCAUUUCCCCCUCCCGUCGCCCUCACUUCCCCUUCCCGUCGCCUUCACUUCUCCCCUCCCAUGCCUUCGAUUCCCCCUCCCGUCGCCUUCCACGCCUGCCGCACUCGCUUUCCCGCCCGUCACACUCGCUUCCCCACCCGUCACCUUCACUUCCCCUCCCAUUGCCUUUCACUCUCUCCUGCUCCCUCUCUUCCCCCCUGCUCACUCUCUCCCCCCCCCACUCACUCUCUUUCCCCCUGCUCACUCGCUUCCCCCCGCCUCAUUCUCUUUCCCUCUGCUCACUCCUCUUGUUCUCACCCCGCUUUCCCCAUUUCUCACCCAUUUUCCCCCGUCACGCUCUCUUUCUCUCUCUCCCCCCGUCGCCCUCCCUUCCACUCGUCGUUGCCCUCGCCAUCCCGCCCUGCGCCCUUCCCAUCGCGCACACUUGUCACGCCCCCAUUCCAACCCGCACAUACACCCUUCCCUUCUUCCCUGUUUCCCCGUAUCCCCUGCGCUGCUUCCCACCAUCCUCCGACUUGCUCCCCCCAUCCCCUUCCCUGCGUCCCCCUUCCCCUCCCCUGCCUCCCCCCAUCCCCUUCCCUGCUUCCCCCCAUCCCCUUCCCUGCUUCCCCCCAUCCCCUUCCCUGCUUCCCCCCAUCCCCUUCCCUGCUUCCCCCCAUCCCCUUCCCUCCUUCCGCCUGUGCCCUCCCCUGCCUCCCCCCAUCCCCUUCCCUGCUUCCCCCCAUCCCCUUCCCUGCUCCCCCCCGUCCCCUUCCCUCCUUCCCCCCGUCCCCUCCCCUGCCUCCCCCAUCCCCUUCACUGCUUUCCCCCUUCCCCUUCCCUGCUUCCCCCCAUCCCCUUCCCUGCUUUCCCCAUCGCCUUCCCUGCUCACCCUUGCUCCCUCUGUUUCACCCUUGCUCCCUCUGUUUCACCCUUGCUCCCUCU